ACCUGAUAUCGAAAUAGCAAAAAAAUACGCCUCAAAAUUCACAUAUGAGAAUGAAACAUAUUUAUGCAUCGUUCAGAAUCGUGUUAAUCCGAAACAUCUGCAAGUAUUUGACAAAGCAAAAACAAAAGUUGGAACCUAUUGGCUCAGUGCUCACGACAGUUCAACACAAGACAUACAAGAUUCAAUUAUUCGACCAUAUGGACUGUGCCUAUUUAAACAAUGA